GGGUCUGUGUAAUUGAGAAGAAUAUUAAUUUGAGUUUAAAGAAGGAAAUGGAGAAAAUAAGGGAAUAGAAAUAAAGGAGACGUGAAAUACGCAAACAGUUUAAUUGGCGUGUUUAUGAACACAAAACAAGAACAAACGACUAUGUAUAUAUUGUCAAAUUAGUAACAAAAAUAAUUAAGAAAAAAUAACAUUUUCGCAGUAAGAUAUGGCAAAACAGACAAACUACUGUGUUUAUAUCAUACCCUUCUACUACAUAAACAGUCACAUUACCUGACACUCAUGUUAAUCACCGCUCGAUCUGUACAACGUAAGAUGACUCACCUACGCACCCUAUUACUUCUAAACAACCCCUCACUUGUCUUGAUAACGGAAAGUUGGCUUUCCUCCGACACCACAGACACAUUUCUACAAAUGAACACCUAUAAGCUCUUCCGCUGUGAUCGAGUAACCAAGAAGGGUGGUAGUUGUCUCGUUUAUGUAUCAAAAAAUUUGAGAGCAAAAAUCUAUAGCGACCACGUCCUCAGUAAACUUCCUGAAUCGAUAUGGCUUACUGUGCACACUCAUGAAUGUAAAAUACUAAUCGGAUGCAUAUAUCGAGCUCCUAACACUCCUAGUUCAAAUGACACUAUUAUAAGUGAGUCAUUUGCUCAGGCUGCCUCGCUUGACUUCACUUACAAAAUUGUAUGUGGUGAUUUCAACCUUCCCACCAUCAACUGGACGACACAUUCUGGCCCAUUGUGCUUUGAAAGCAUACUUAGGUCCUUAAACAUACUCGGCUGGCAACAACAUGUACACCUGCCUACACGGAAUCACAACAUUCUUGACUUGAUAUUCUGUCAUAAUGUCACACCAACAUCAAUGGUGGUUGGCGAAAAGUUUCACAACAGCGAUCAUAAAAUAGUCCUCUGCACCCUUCCGAUUCUUGCCAUAUGCAACAAAUUAAAGACAUUAAACACGCGAUCCCAAUAUACAGAUUAUGCAAACGCUGACUGGGAAGAUUUCCGAUUUCUAAUAAGGCACUCUGACUGGAGCAGGUUCUUUACCAGUGAUAACCUCUUAGAAACAUUAGAAAUAUUCAAUACCACCACCAAAUCUGUACUAGACACUACUAUACCCUCUAAAAUCGCUUUCAAAACAAUUACCUAUAUAAGCCAAUAAACUAGGUCUAAACUGCGGAAAUUGAAAAGGACGUACUAUAUAUCAAAAGACUUCAGUGCCCUGAACCAGAUAUACUCUGUACUUGGAGUACAAAGUCAACACAACAAGCAUAAACAGGUAGAGGAACGUACCGCGCUGACUGCUGCAUCUGAAGCCCAAGCCCCAUGUCGUCUCGCGAAACGCAUAAGAAAGAACGCAGAUCACAACAUUCACUCUUUACUGCACGAUGGAGUGACGUAUAAUGACCGAAUCGUCAUAUGUGAACUAUUAAGUGAAUGGUUUUCUCACAAUGGGAAUACAUCUCAUGCUCCAGAUAUAAAAAUAAAGUGCAUCAGCAAAAACAAUCUUGGUACCAUAAACUUCGACAUUAGGAGUAUGCAUACCGCCAUUAAAACCCUUAGGCCAAAUGAGAGUUCUGGUGCCGAUGACCCCUUCGAUUCUUUAUAAAAUGUCAGGACCGGACAUACGGACGCUAUUACUCAAUACUCACAUUAUCUUUAGAGCCAGGUACAUAUCCGGAAACAUGGAAGGUAACGUGUGUUCUUCCCAAACACAAAUCAAGAUCGGGAAACCUGGUCGAAAACUACAGACCUAUAAAUAUCACUCCAGUUAUAUCACGCAUAAUGGAGAAAGUGAUACAAAAUGAACUAUCUGAUCACCUACUUAAGGAAGAUCUAAUAGACCCGUAACAACACGGCUUCAUUAGAACAAAGUCCUGCAGUACAUGUCUGAUAGACUUCUUUAACGAGGUUACUCGUAUACGUGACCAGAAGAAACUAGCUAUUAUACUAUACUUCGAUAUUAAGAAAGCCUUUGAUAAAGUACCUCACAAUCUCUUAAUCAACAGACUUUAGUCAGUUGGAAUUAUAAAUCCCCUUUUGCAAUGGAUCAAGUCUUUUCUUACGAACAGAUAUCAAAUAACCAAGAUUAACUCUAAUACAUCUACACCACGACCAAUAACCAGUGGUGUUGUGCAGGGUAGUGCCCCCAAAUACCCUGGUACGGCCGAGAGUGGGGA